AUGGUGCCAGAGAUAGAACAAGACCCUAAAAGUGAACCUCAACCUGAGAAGAAAAGCAGAAAAGAUCGUAUAGCUGAGCAAAAGGAAAAAUGCGAGCGGAUUGUCCACUACCUUCAGCAUGGAAAACAUCCCGAAGGCUUGACUAAAAAUCAGCAGCGGGUAGUUCGCGCCCAAGCGAAAAAGUAUAGUUUGGAUGAAGCAAGUAAAUAUAACUUUGUAUUUUUUUAUAAGUUAAAGCUAAUGUUUAUAUUAUUAGCGUAACAAUGCAAACGCUCUUUCGAAACAUUGAUUGCACAAUAGCACGUGCUACAAUGCCACAGUAGGCUAUACAUUUCGCUUAAUUAUUUAUAUACAGCUAUUGUAUGAUAGCUAUAAACACAGUAUAAUUUGUUGUUACUGAUUGCAAAUUUUGCUAUAGCAUAUUAUAUAGCUAUUAUGUUUAAUAGCUAUAAACACAGUAUGAUUUGUACUGACAAGCUAAGGCUAUUAAGCCUAAGAUUUAAUUACAGUUUUAUGGUUAGGUUUAGGGGUGAGGGUUUAGUGCACAUUCGUAAGACAAUAUCUAAACAAAUUUCACUGCUCACUCUAUAAUUUUUCCCAAAUCAAAUAUUUUUAUGUAUUUCUUAAAGAUAAUGAGCUGUAUUACAUUGUCGGGGGUGUCCAAAAGAAGGUAGUCCUCACUGUAGAAGAAAUUGGAGAAAUCCUGCAUCACCAUCAUAGCAAUGCUAUGGGAGGGCACAGUGGUGUGAAUGCUACUCUGAACAAAAUUUCAAACCAUUAUUAUUGGAAUGGAAUGAAAGAAGAUGUCCAAGAAUAUGUAUGUUUGUAUAGAUAUAUUUGCUAUUUUUAUAAUAUUUACCAAUUUGCAAUUCACCCUGAGAUGCAUGCAGUAAUUUUACUCUGUGAAACACCAAGAAAAUUUACUUAUAAUUGUUACAACUUAAGAUGUUUUGCCUGCAAACCACAUAAAGUUAUUACCAAAACUGCGGGUGCAUCCUUUCGCAUGAAAAAUCGUAUCAUGUUUUCAUGUCAAAUCAUUCAAGAAUGUGACUGCAUUCCUAAACGUUUUGAAAUUGAUAUUUAUAGAAUAUUGAAAUCUGAUUGGUCCGCAGGUAAUUGCAUUAAUUAAAUGUCAAUGGAAUUUCCCACGGACCAAUCAGAUUUCAAUAUUCUAUAAAUGUCAAUUUCAAAACAUUUAAAGAAAUGCAGUCACAUUCUUGAAUGUUUUGACACGAAAACAUGAUACGAUUUUUCAUGCGAGAGGAUCUAUCCACGGUUUUGGUAAUAUCAAGCUUAAACCCAUUGCAGUACGUUGUGGGGUUGCAUUGAUUUAAUGACCAUUAUUUGUUUACUAACAAUUUACUAACACUUUAUGUUUUUUGAAAUGUUAGAUUAUGUCAUGUCAUCAAUGCCAAGUAUACAGUAAAAUCAAAACUCAGGCACCAGAACUUAUCCCCAUCAAAGUGAAGGGGGCACUAGAGUUGGUUGGGAUAGAUUUGAUUGGUAAGUAGCACACAGUGAUGAGAUAGACUAAAAAAAUUAUGUGUUACUUUAACUGUAUCUUUUUAUACACAUAGCAGUGUUGUAAUGAGUCACCUACAGGUCGAGUCAAGUCACAAGUUGAGUCACUCAAAGGUUGAGUCAUGAGUCGAGUCAUUUCACUUUCUGAUCGAGUCGAGUCAACGGCUUUACUCGAGUCGAAUCAAAGGUUUAAGUCGAGUCGAGUCAAUAGCUAAAACUGAGUUGAGUCAGGGAGUUUGAUCAAGUCCACCCCACACUUUCUGUAAUAGUAAUCAAUUUACCUUUUAAGCUAACAGCAUCUGCAUGGGCAGCUAGGCUGUACCAAUAUCACAGUUCUAGUCAUUAUUAAUUAUGACCACGUAAGAUGUCUCAUCAUGCCUGUUGAUCGAAUGUACGUACAUACAACUGGAGUCAGAAUUAACAAUUUAAGAAUAGACUUUAAUUAAUCACGCUUUGUAGGUUAAUUUAAACUGAUAUAGCCCCCAUAUAUUUUCUGAUAACGUUUUGAAGUUCACAUUAUUCAUAGGACUCAUUGUUCUUCCCAAGCAAUACAAUCAGGUAAAAAUACAAUCAGGUAAAAAUCAGCAAGUUGAGUCAUUUGGGGCUGUUGACUCGAGUAAUUUUUCGUAGUGGACUCGAGUUGGGUUGCUGAAUAGCAAGUCGACUCGAAUCCAAGUCAAUGACUCGACUCGUUACAACACUGACACAUAGUGUGAUUAACUUAUUAACUGGUCCUUUCGAUUUUAUAAAGGGCCAUUGCCAACAACUCCUGAUGGAUUUAAAUAUGUUUGCACAUUCACGGACUACUUCACAAAGUUUGUGGAUUUUUAUCCCAUAAAGAAUAAAUCUGCAGAUUGUGUUGCAAAAUGCAUCAAAAAGUUCACAUGCAGGUAUGAGACUUAAGUAUACUAGGUUACCUGAAAGGUAGGGAAUGCUGCAGAGCAUUAUUUUAUAUCUUAUUCAGAAAAUAUAGAUAUAUUAAAUAUAUAUAUAUAUAUAUAUAUAUAUAUAUAUAUAUAUAUAUAUAUAUAUAUAUAUAUAUAUAUAUAUAUAUAUAUAUAUAUAUAUAUAAUAUAUAUAUAUAUUAAAUAUCUAUAGUUGUGACUCAUUCUCAAUUGACUAAUUAACUGAAUUAAGGGCAACAGGUUUACAGUAUAUGUAAAUUUGUAUCAAUGAUUUUAUCUACAUGGAACUAGAUAAGUUAUUAAUUUAUUAAAGUAAAGGUAUUGUUUUUAGAUGGGGUGCACCAGCUCGGCUAUUGUCCGAUCAAGGAAGAGAGUUUGUUGCCAAAAUUAAUGAUGAGGUUUGCAGAGAGUUUGGCAUAAAAAGAUCAGUAACAAGUGCAUAUCAUCCGCAGACAAAUGGGUUAGACGAGCGAACAAACCAAACCCUCAAGCAUCGUUUGUCAAAACUCGUCAAUGAGCAUCAGAACAAUUGGUGUGACUUCCUAGAUGAAGUGGCUUACUCAAUAAGGACUCAAAAGCAGGCAACAACCAAGUACACGCCAUUCUUUCUUAUGUUUGGUCGCAAUCCAAAUUCACCUCAGAUGGUAAAUUGUUUGAAAUUGUUCAUGUGCUCAAACUUAUUAUCAAAUAAAAACUGCAUUAAUUCAUCAUUAAAUAUCGUUUAGAUGACUGUUGUAGAGGACAGUUCUCCAGCUCCAGAUCAACUUGAGGAUCUUCUGGAUGAACAAGUUGGUGAAAGAACUGCUUUAGCUGAAGAUGUUCACAAACAAGUAUGUACUUACGUGAAGUAUUUUUUACCAAGUGGUUGUGAUGUAUAGGCGCCUUCUGCUGUUAAAUUGCUAGGUUUUGAGGAGGUUUUAUAUUGAAAUAUUAUUAAAUACUAGGUUACCUGCAAGGGAGGGAAUGUGGCCGGUGUCCCAGGAUUUUCGCCCCCUACAUUUUCGCCCCCGGGGGCGAAAUUCCUAGGAAUAUCGCCCCCCCCUAGGGGGGGCGAAAAUCCUAGGAAUUUCGCCCCCUUUAGAAAAUAUCAAAUUGAAAGGCUGUGAAUGGUCUGAUAUGUUUAACCCAAUAAGCAGCAUUUUACCUUAUGCUCCACUUCAUUUUGACCACAGGGACUUAACUAUGCAUCUUGUAAUUAUUUUAGGUUCUUAGCAAUGUAGAAAUUGCUCAAGAAAAGCAGAAAAAGCAAUUUCAAAAGAGGAUGGCAAAGGGUGUGAAAACCUUUAACAUCAAAGUAGGAGACACCAUUUUUAAAAAACAAAUGAAAAAUGUAUCAAGAAAAGGUGGAAAGAUGGAGCCUAUUUGGAUGGGGCCAUACAGGUAGUUAUAUAGACAACCAAGAGAGAGCAUUGUUUUAAAGCUGGGUUUCCCACCUUGAAAUUCAGUAUCUCAGAUUUGGAUAGUAGACAUUCCAAUUAAAGGGAAUCUAUAAAGUCAUUUUUUAAUGACCGCACCUCCUUACUGAAUGUUUACAUUUCUUUGUUUUUGACUUGUUAUACUUUUAGUAAAUGACAGAUAUAUAAUUUAACUUACCGGUACUGUUACUAUGGUUAUUGUCAAGUUACUUCUGUCUGGGACCCCCGAAACUUAAGGUGGCACGGCCGUAAAAAACGACUGUAACAUUUACAAUGUGGAAACAUCAUCCACUAUUAUCACUUAGUCACUAGUGUUUAUCUAUUUGACAAAACAAUAACAAAAAUACACAAAAUAAGGCUAAAAUGUUUUGAUAAUUAACAAUAACUUGAUGGGGAAUUUUAUUGAAGAUCAAGAAAUGUUUAGUAUCCAAUCGGGAAACUUACUGUUAUGAAAUCCAAAAUUGAAAUCUGGUAUCCUAUAGAUAUUGGGAUACUGCAAAUCUUGAGCCCUGUUAAAUGUCAUUGUACAGUGUACAACAACUAAAUAUCAUCAUAUUAAUUACAUACUAGGGUAACAGAAAUUGAUAAAAAUCAAAGAGCUACCCUUAUCCCUCUUAAUGAUGGUGCAGUGCCUUUGAAGACAAAGGUGCCAUAUGACCAACUACGACCAUACAUGACAAGUGAGCUUUAUGACAUCGCUCAACGAGACACAGCUAUGCCACCAAGAUGUAACAACAUGUCACCACAUGCCCCAAUUUCCAACAUUGAUGUCAACCAUAAGGAUGAUACCAUUACCAACACCAAUACCAACACGGUCGACACCACUACCGACACGGUCGACACCACUACCAACAUGGUCGACACCACUACCAACAAGGUCGACACCACUAUCAACACAGUUGACACCACUAUAACCAACACAGUAGACACCACUAUAACCAACACGGUCGACACCACUACCAACACAGUCAACACCAAUUCCAACACAGUUGACACCACUACCAACAAGGUCAACACCAAUUCCAAAAAGGUCAAUACCAAUUCAAACAUGGUCGACACCACUACCAACAAGGUCAACACCAAUUCCAAAAAGGUCAAUACCAAUUCAAACACGGUCGACACCACUACCAACAAGGUGAACACCACUACCAACAAGGUCAAAAGGAAGAACAAAGUUGGCAAAAGCAAGAGGAAUAUACUGCAUUGUGCUGCAAAUGCAAACCCAGAAAAGCUGGUUUCAACAAUAUUGAAAAAAAACUACUGGCUAACUGAUGAGCAUAUGGACCAUGGACAAUGGCUAAUUUCCAAACAAUUCCCAAAGAUGAAAGGCUUUCAUUCUGUACUUGCAUUCGAAGGCAAAACCCCCAAAGUAGAGAAAGGGCUGAAAGACUUUGUCCAAAUAGUAAAUAUUGGAGGAAACCACUGGGUUACUGUGACAAACAUUGGAUGUGAAGAAAACAGAAUCAAAGUGUACGACACACUUUAUCGAUCAAUGUCAAACACUGACAAAAUUAAACUGGCAGCACUGCUUAACACCAGCUUGGAAAGUAUGGUAAUUGAGUGGCCAUCACUCCAAAUUCAAGAAGGCGAUUCAGAUUGUGGUCUUUUUGCUAUGGCAAUUGCACUUGCUCUUUGUAAUGGGCAAGAUCCAUGUCAACAAGCGUAUGAUCAGAGUGCAAUGAGAGUACAUUUAGCUACAUGCUUCCAUUGUGAAGAGAUUGCUGUAUUUCCACUUUCAAAAGUAAAAUGUAAAAGAAGCAAGAGCGUUGAAGUGACAGAAGAGCUAUUCUGCCAUUGUAGGAUGCCUUACAAAGAAGGUGACUUCAUGAUUGAGUGCUCAAACUGCUUGCAGUGGUUCCACAGAUCAUGUGACAAAGUUCCAAGGACUGUUG